AUGAGAAGACAAAGCACUAUUGCUGCUACUCCAGUUAGAGGAGUAAGACCACUAGCUAAAAAAGACGCAUUUCCAUACUUGGAUACCAGAGAGAUAACCUCAUGCCUAUUGGAGUGUGAUUUCAACGUCUCGUUAGAUCUAGUUGCAAAACCAACCAGCGAGUUCAUUAUCAGCUUGUUUACUCAUUUCCUUGAGGUGUUUAUGGGAAUUGACAAUUUGUACGAUCGAUCAAAGGAUCAAGCAAAGAGAAGGUUGCAAGUGUUGAAAAGAUGGAAUAACGAGCCAGCAGCAGGAACAAACGCAGAAGGUCCUGAUCCCAAUGGUGGUGCCGUUGACGCUGACAUAGCCGAGGAGGAUGAUAUUGAUCCAACACCUACGGAUGAGAUCCUCACAAUGUAUAGGUGUUGCCGAAAGUUUUUCCACAACAUUGGCGUGGAGGAUCUCUCACUUUUAGACUUGACGCGUCCAGAGGGAGCGAGCACGAGGCGAUUACUAAGUGCUGUUGUAAACUACCUACGUUUUAGAGAAGGCAUCUCGUCGGAAUACGAUGAGCUAGCUCAGGAAGCAGAUGCCACAACUAAUCGGAUACAACAACUACAAGAGGAAAAUGAGGCACGUGUUUCACAAAUCAAUGAUUUGCAGAGGAGAUUGACGUUUGAAGAUGACGGACGCAGUGAUGUUCCUAGACACGAGUUGCAACACGUUCUCAAUUACAACAGAAAAUUGGAGUCCAAGCUUCGUCAGCUUAAGGAGACUCAAGAGAGGUUAACCAAUCAACAUGACGACUAUAAGACAGAGAAAAAUACUCUAGCACAGAGGCUCAACGACAUUGGUUACAGGUGCGAUGAGACGACUGGCGAAAUUGAAAACUUGAAAAAUUACAAGGAGAAGGACAUUGGUCAGUUGACUACAAUCGUGAAUGAUUUGGACACGGAUGUUGAAGGGUUGAUAAAAACCUUUGUCACAUUUGACAAGCAGUAUCAAAAUUUGGGCAAGACCCUUGACACAAUGCAAGUGAAUGAAUUGAGCGUAAAGAAUUUGAUUAAAGUUGCAGAAGAAAUCUCGAAACUGAUGAACAAAGACGAAAAUGAUCUUUACAAUAUACGUCAACAUAAUGAUAAAUUGCAAAGCAUCACUCGAGAGUCGAACGACUUGGCUAAACAAAUUGAAACUAGAUCCGAACAAUUGGCUAAAUAUGAAAAAAAAUAUGAUGAUUUAGAAGAGCAGUAUAAAAAGAAACUCGAGACAUUGACCGAAAAGUUGAAACAAACAAAUCAAGCUUUAGAUGAUGUGAUGAAGCUAAAAACAGAACGAGGCGAAGAGAAUAAGCGAACGAGUUCACUUAUCAAAAGAAUCGAGCAGGAAACUGAUGAUAUAAUAAGCAACUUUGCCAAGGAGGUUAAAUUUAAAGAAGCUCAAUUGGCACAGUUACAGGAUCUACUCAAGUCUUAUAUAGAACGUUUGUCCAAAACGUUUCUCAAACAGAGAGAAGAUAGUUAG